AUGAAGGGUUUAUUUUGCCGAAUUCAAGGUAGAGAGCUCAAAUUCGUCACCCAUGAAACUAGCCUUCCAGAGGUCCUAGGCAGCCAUGAUGUCAGAAUUCAAGUGAAGGCGUGUGCCCUCAGCCCAGUUGACACCAGACUUUUGCAAGAUUUGGGACUACAUAGCAAUUCAAUCCCCCUGGGCAGGGAAGUGGCGGGCAUCGUUCAAAGAGUUGGACCAAAAGUCACCUUCUUCCAACCCGAUGAUGAGGUUGUUGGUAUUCUACCACUGGACUCCAUCUUCUCUGGACUUAGUGAUGUCAUCGAUAUAAAUGAACAGUAUCUAGUUGAGAAGCCAGAAAAGCUGAGCCAUACGAGUGUGGCGGCGGCGCUGGAGGACGGUCUGGGUGCGUACACCGCCCUCCACACUCAUGCGCGAGUGGCGGCCGGACAGACGCUUCUGGUGAUGGAUGGUGCCAGUUCUUUUGGCCUUAUGUGUAUCCAACUGGCGUGCUACUAUGGUGUAAAGGUUCUGACCACGUCGCACUCGCAGGAGCAGCACGCCUUUUUGGAAAAACUAAGACCCAGCGUAGGUGUUCAGGAACCUCUUGUGGUGAGGGUGAUUCCUGUCUACAAAAAACAGUCGGACCUUCUUCCAGCCGUAAUGGAAGAGACUGGGGGUCUCGGUGUGGACAUAGUGGUCGACCAAGGAGUCAGUCUGCAUGAAAAGGAGCAGGAGGAGGGGAGGGAAGACGAGGUGACAGUUCAUCCGCACAAACAUGACAUCAUUACUGUGUUGGCAGUAGGUGGCCACUGGGUGACGUCCCACCAAGACCUGCAAUUGGAUCCUCCUGACAGCAGGUUGAUGUUCUUGAAGUCAGCCUCCGUGUCGUUCCUCAAUCUUCAAGUAUGGUUGGCUUCGUCAUCCCAACAGGGACGCUACCUCCAUAUUCUUAAGGACAUUGUAGAGAAGAUGUCAGCUGGAAUACUCAGACCUCAGCCCGAGGAAGUGGUUCCACGCCAGGAUGCUGCUACUGUAAUGGAGGAUGUGCAGCUUCAGCACAAGAAAAAGGCCGUGGUUGAAAUGUGA